GUUGUAUCAUCACAAUCCUACUUAAACUGUCUACUACUGCACAGCUUUCAAGCAAACACUCCACUGUCUCAGAAACACUCCUUGCUUACAUUUUGAUGUUGUAAUUUUGUACCACUUUCUCCCAGCAAACAUGAGGCUAGUGAUUCUAGAUGACUAUGACCAGGCCAGUGAGUGGGCAGCCAAAUACAUUAGGAACAAAAUAAUCCAGUUCAAACCAACAGCAGACAGAUACUUCACUUUGGGUCUUCCUACUGGGAGUACUCCACUUGGAUGCUACAAGAAACUGAUUGAAUACCACAAAAGUGGAGAUAUUUCCUUUAAGUAUGUUAAAACAUUUAACAUGGACGAAUAUGUUGGCCUCCCAAGGGACCACCCAGAGAGUUACCACUCUUACAUGUGGAACAACUUCUUCAAAUACGUCGACAUCGAGCCCCAGAAUGCCCACAUCCUUGACGGGAAUGCCCCUGACCUCCAGACAGAGUGCGACGCCUUUGAGGUGAAGAUUAAAGAGGCUGGUGGCAUCGACCUGUUUAUGGGGGGUAUUGGUCCAGAUGGACACAUUGCCUUCAAUGAACCUGGAUCUAGCCUGGUGUCUAGGACAAGAGUGAAAACCCUCGCAAAGGACACUAUUGUAGCUAAUGCCAGGUUCUUUGGGAAUGACCUAUCCAGGGUGCCCACGAUGACCCUCACAGUCGGUGUCGGAACAGUGAUGGAUGCCCGGGAGGUAAUGAUCCUCAUUACAGGAGCACACAAGGCCUUUGCCUUGUACAAGGCCAUCGAGGAGGGGGUCAACCACAUGUGGACGGUGUCCGCCUUUCAGCAGCACCCCCACACCAUCUUUGUGUGUGAUGAGGACGCAACUCUGGAACUCAGGGUCAAGACUGUGAAGUACUUCAAAGGCCUGAUGCACGUCCAUAACCAGCUGGUAGAUCCCUUGCACAGCAUCAAGGACUACAAGGACUGAAGCGGGAGAAUGUUAACGUUGCCUACUUGGGGGCAAUAUUCCUGAAAAGUUACUGAACUCACUUAAUCCAGCGCCACGUUGUUGUGUAAAAUGGUCAUGUGACUAAACUGAAUGCAACAUCUACCUACUACAGGCGCACUUUGAUGCAAAGACACGGGAAUGGCCGCCGCCUAACUGAUCUUUGCUGAGGCUGUGGUUGGUCUUUGUAUCAAACUGCAUAUUAUAUUUUAGAAAUACUGUAAGUAAUGCUGUGCUCAUUGGGUCAUGCAUGUAGUGUCAUUGCUGUAACAUCCUAGAAAACACCAUAUCUCUGGUCUGAAAGAGCUGAGGAGAUAGUAAUACAGUCCAACUCUAGUAUUCCACAGUAUCCCUCUCUGGGUUUUUUGAAGGGCCCAUACCUAAUUCAGCAGCACACUGUCAAGAAGGUAGUAGUCACAUACAGCAUUAUCCAUGUUACAUUCUUCUCUUUAUACUGUGCUUUCAUUUGUAUGCCCAGUUGGGCCAAACAGUCAGACAGUUUACUUUACGUUACUUCUAUUUCUUUCGGUUGCUUGUGUAGUUAGAAACAUUCCUUAUCUUUUAUACUGUAACUUGAAGUGACUUAAGCACCUCACUCUUGCCAAGGGUCACCAAUACCGCUUGUUAAAGGUCUGAGGUAUGAGGGAGAGCCACUGACUGAGACAGGGUUUUUGAGCCAACCUGGCUUGAUUCCACAGAGCUAUACUGGCUUGAGUCCAUUUUUAUUAAAAGGGAUAAGUUGUCUAAGGUGAUGUUGGCUGGCCAGUCGUGUAGCUUGUAUUGGUGCCUGGUUCUGUAAAAUUAUGAUGUUUAUUUUGGUCCAACUUUCACAUUUUGAUAACUUGAGAUACAGCCAUUAAUGUUCCAUUUCAUUUAGGCCAUCUAAUCUGAAUGUACUGUAUGUUUGAAAAUGAUAAGUUACAUUUCUGUACCUUUCUGCCUUGUGGCUCCUGUUUACUGGUAAAGCACUUCUCUUAUCAAUAAUCUGUUUAUUCUCUGUGUACUGAUUAAGAUCAUAGGACAUUCCUUUGGCCAUGUAUGUCUGUAUUGCUGACUAUUGUAUCCCCAACCAGAAUGAUCAGAUGUUACUUACAUUUUUUUUCACAAUAUUUUAAACAGGUCUGCUUAUUUUCGGAUGAAAUGUUACAAUAUUUGUCCUCAGUUUGAAAGGCGACAGGUGAGAUGAAAAGAAGGUUGUGAAUUCACCAACUUAGUUUUGUUUUUUUCUUUUACUUCAAGAGUACUGUCAGCAUCAGCAUGCAAUAAAAAGUUCUUUGAUUUCAAUGAAA